AUGCGUUCAUCCACGAUCAUUCUCAUUCCUUUUUUCCUUUUCGCUGGCCUGGGUGCUGCCGACCAGGGGACUGAUCCAGAGCCCGAUUUCCAAGGCUCUAAGACGGGAGGCAUCUGCUGCAGCGCCAACGUCGUUACGGAUCCCUCCGGCUAUUGCUCUUUCCUCCAGCUAAACUCUUACUGCUGCGGUGGCUAUUGGGAUAACAGACCGAAAAGUAAACAUAUUAAGGGUGGUUGUGACUCGCUCCCGGACUUCCCAGCGGGACGACAAGUUGUAGCCUAUCCCCCCAACGGCGGCGCAGAUUGCACCACAGGUACACAUCACGGAUUUAUUGGAUGUGUCUCCCGUUGA